AAAAUCCAUCACAAGAUGCAUAAGAGAAGUUUGCAGAAAUAAUAGGCUUGAGCAUAAGAUACUUUUGCAGCAUAUAGGAGUAUUUUUAGAUUAUGAAAAAAAGGAGGUAGAGGAUAAGAUUUCGAAUUAGAUUAAUCAAUAUUUGGUGAUUUUGCAUCUUUGUUUAAUAUGGGAGGAGAAGGUGAAAGAAGUUUUAAAGAAGCUGAUAUAUAUGUUUAAAUGGAAAUUUAAUACAUGGAUAGUGUUUAAGGAUCUCACAGUAGACAAUUUAAUUUGAGAAAAUAGGUAAUUACACUAGUUGUAAUGGUACUAAAUAUAUUAUAAAAGAGAUGGUUAUGAUUUAAUUAGUAAUGCUUAUAUUUCUAUUAUUUAAGCUGUUUUAGGAGAUACAAUUAAAGUUAAAACUUUAAAUGAAGAUAAAUAAAGAUGUAGAAAAAAUGAGAUUGAUGGCUUUUUAUAUUCUAUUAAAAAAUAUUAAAG